GAGGCGGAGGGAGCCGGAGCUGUCACAAGCCCCGGUUGCGCCUGACCGAGCCAAGUGGGGUGUCAUGGCCGCGGGGGGCAGCGGCUACACUUCCUCUGCGGGCGGCGGCGGCCGAGGAGUUAAUCCUCGACGCACGGGUCGGUGUGUGCGUAUUUGUGUUCGGUGUGUGCGCGGCGGGGAGAAGGGGGUGGGACCAGGUCGGACUGCGGAGCCCGCUUGUCGCCUCCCGGGGAUUGGCCGGAGCCGCCGGCUCGCCGAAUGCCUCUUCUGCCCCCCACUUCCCGGACCUGGGGCCGCCCUCGCGUACCUUUUUUCCCCGCGGGCGGGAGGGAGUGUAGACGGGGGCGCCCCGGGAGGGGCCGGGCGGCCGAAUUGCGCCUCUCACACUGUGUGUUUUGUCUGUUUUUCUCUCCCAAGGUCCCGUUUCCCUCUGUGCGGCGGCCGGCGGGACCAUAAGGGCUUAACUCAUAUAUUUAACCCCCCUCCAAAAAGGUUUGAAAGUAUUCUUGAAGGGCUGUUUGGACCUGCAUUAUUAAAAGAUCUCAGUUUAUUUAAAGACUGUGAACCUGAAAGCAUUUCUGAUUGGACUUUUGAUGAAAAUUGUCUGUUCUGUUGCUUGAGAAGAAACAAAGUAAAGGGACACUUAGUCGGUCUGGAUGAACCAGCUUCGGGAGCUGGGCAAGAAGUUCUGCUUAAACAAGAACAAGCAAAAAUCAUUCGAUUCGAGAAACAAGCAGAAGAGUUCCUCAAUGCAGUCUUUUAUAGAAAAGACAGUCCCUGGGUCUCCGACCCCAAUAUUCCCCUAGUGGCCCGUGAGAUCAUGCAGCGAAUGAUCCAACAAUUUGCUGCUGAAUAUACCUCAAAAAAUAGCUCUACUCAGGACCCCAGCCAGCCCAAUAGCACAAAGAACCAAAGCCUGCCGAAAGCAUCUCCAGUUACCAACUCUCCCACGGCUGCAACUACUCAGAACCCUGUGCUCAGCAAACUUCUCAUGGCUGACCAAGAUUCACCUCUGGACCUUACUGUCAGAAAGUCUCAGUCAGAACCUAGCGAACAAGACGGUGUACUUGAUCUGUCCACUAAGAAAAGUCCAUGUGCUGGCAGCACUUCCCUGAGCCAUUCUCCAGGCUGCUCCAGUACACAAGGGAACGGUGAGAACUCAACAGAGGCAAUAGCAGUAGAUUCCAACAAUCAGUCGAAAUCCCCUCUGGAGAAGUUUAUGGUUAAACUGUGCACUCAUCAUCAAAAGCAGUUCAUUCGUGUUCUGAACGACCUGUAUACUGAAUCUCAGCCUGGCCCUGAAGACCUGCGGCCUUUCGAUUCUGAAGCAAUGGAUGUGUCCACCUGCAAUGCUGGCUGUGCCCAGAUAAGCACCAAACAUAAGGAAAAAGAUGUUCUGUGUCUUGAUAUGAAUUCUCCUACUUCUGUAGAUUUGUUUGUAGACUCAUCAGGCUCUCACAGCCCUCUACACUUGACAGAGCAGACCCUAAAGGAGCCUCCUCCUGAGACAAACUCCGUAGAUCAAAGAGAGAAUACCUUGACUAUUGUCCAGAAAGACUCCUCUGAACGUCCACCCACUAAACCUAAUUCUGGCAGUUCAGUGGAUAGUUCUACCCUGGGAUACCUCACUGCAUCGAAUUCUUGCUCACUAAACUUCCAUCAUGUCUCUAAAAGCUUGGCGGUACAAACCCCUGGACAGGAGCAAGACACAAAUGCGAAAAUAGGUGAAGAUGGUAAAGACCGUGGGCAGAGUUCAACUUUAGUAGCAAGUCUAAGUACAGUGAAAGUGACAGCUGAGAAUAGUGGGGAGAACAAUGGCUGUAUUGUUUCUCAAAGAAAUUCAUUCAAAGCUUUAUCAGAAGAGGCUUGGGACUCAGGGCUUAUAGGGAACUCACCUAGAACUGCUGACAAAGAGAAUUCUUUACAGUGUAGCUCAAAAACACCUUUGUGUCAGGACUCAGAGGCAAAUGAACAAGAUGCAAGGCCAAAGCAAGAGAACUAUCUUCACCCACUAGGAAAAAAUCAGGUAGGUUAUCAUUUACAUCCUAGCGAUAAGGGCCAGUUUGAUCAUUCCAAAGACGGUUGGUUAGCACCUAGCCCUGUGCCAGCUAUACACAAAACAUCUAAUGGACACUCACGAACCAAGAUGAUAUCAAACUCCAUUAAGACAGCUCGGAAAAGUAAAAGGGCAUCAGGAUUGAGGAUAAAUGAUUAUGAUAACCAGUGUGAUGUUGUUUAUAUCAGUCAACCAAUAACAGAAUGCCACUUUGAGAAUCAAAGAUCAAUACUAUCUUCUCGGAAAACAGCCAGAAAAAGUACUCGAGGAUACUUUUUCAAUGGUGACUGUUGUGAGCUGCCAACUGUUCGCACAUUGGCCAGAAAUUUACACUCCCAGGAAAAAGCUAGCUGCUCAACAUUGGCAUCAGAGGCAGUGGUUAUUCCCAAGGAGACCCUUCCAAUUUCAGCCCCUAGACAUACGGUAGAUGUGCAGCUACCCAGUGAAGACAACCCUGAAGAACCUAGUAAGGAAACAACCUCCUUCAAGGAAGGAGGCAGAGAUGUUUCGUCUGGAAAAGAAUUUCAAGAGCCUGAGGUUUGCCCUAUUAUUAAUAAACCGAGUCCAAGCAGCUCCCCUAGGUCAAAGGAAACAGUAGCCUCUGGCCUGGUGUGGCCUGUCCCUGCUCACGUUCCUGAAGAGGAUAUGCCAGAAGGCAGUUCCACAGUGUCACCUCCCAUAGUAAGUGGGAUGUCUUCUCCUGAACAAGACCAACAACCAGUUGCAUUGCUGGAUACAGAGAAGAUGAGUGUACCCCAAGACUGUCACCUGGUUCCCUCUACUGAAAGCAUUUCUGGUGAAGGCAGUGAAAAUAUCAUUUUUGGACCUCAUUCUUCUCCUGAAACAGUCAAUAGAGAAGAAAAUCCUCUGUGCUCAGAAAAUCAAAGUCCCCCAGUGGUCUUGGAACCUCCCAUGAGUCUAGAAAAGGCUGAGGAUGACCAAAGCAUCAGUACCAAGGCUGAGACUUCAGAUACUCAGGAGCUAGAUACCAACCUGCUCGUGAAGGAAAGCAACACUUUUACCAAUGAAAACCCUCAUGAAAUUGAGGAAAAUGAGGCAGCAAGUCAUACAGGAAGAUUAGAAGGAGAAGACAGUGAUGUAAAAUGUCUAUCAGAAAAAGACAUAUGUGAUCCACACAUUGACCCCUCUGAAGAGAAUUUGGACAAGAAGAAAAAAGGUAAAAAAUUCCCUGAGGCCUCUGAUAGGUGUCUCAGAAGUCAGCUUUUAGAUUCUUCCUCUGUUGAGAGGUACCUAAAAAAUCAAAGUUCAGAUUCCUUCUCUGCUUGUCCUGAGCUCAAGGUUUCCAAAAAUCCUGGUGCAAAACGAUCUAAAAAAGAAGGGCAGCCUGGUGGAACAACACUUGAGGACUGUCCAAUGGAUAGUUUCCAUACAGAAGUUCUGGAGGACUCUGAAAACCCAGAUGUCAAUGAACAUACUUCGGAGAGGGAUGUUGAGCAGGAGGGCAAAGGAGGCAGUAUCAUCACCAGGCAAACCCUGAAAAACCUUCUGGGAAAAGAAGUCAAAGGGGAAGAAGGAGAGAUUUUCCCCAGCAGUGACCCUGAAACCACAGUUGGCCAGCCACUGCCUGGAGAGAGACUGGAAAUCUAUGUUCAAUCUAAGAUAGAUGAGAAAAAUGCUCAUGUCCCCUCAGAAAGUCUUCCUUGUGAGAGGGAUCCAGAAGAAUCAAAAGAGAAGCCAAGGCACAUUCCUGCACAGGCUGAGGAGGAGGCAGUUGUGAGCGAGGCAGACAGGGAGAGCACCCAGCACAAAGGUGAUGACAGCGACACCCCAUCCAGCUCACUUGAGUUGUCAAAUAGUGGAAGUGGUGAUGGUGCUGAGCCACCUAAAUUGGUACCAAGGCCUAAAAGAUUGACCCCUUCAACCUACAACCUCAGACAUGCUCAUUAUCUGGACCCCUUGGAUCCUGUGAAAGUGACUUCAGAAAAGGAAGCUGCACAAGUAAACCCAAUGCCAAAGGAAAAUGAAGCCCCAGAGAAUGGUGAUCUCCCAGAUGAGGAUGACGUUGACACAGUGGUAGACGAAAAACCAAAGUUUGUGGAAUGGUGUGCUGAGGAGGAGAACCAAGAGCUUAUUGCCAACUUCAAUGCCCAGUACAUGAAAGUUCAGAAGGGCUGGAUCCAGUUAGAGAAAGAAGUACAGCCAACACCAAGAGCAAGGAGUAAGUCAGAUAAACUGAAGGAGAUUUGGAAAAGCAAGAAAAGAUCACGAAAAUGUAGGGGUUCAUUGGAGGUUCAAAAGUUUUCUCCUGUUCAGAUGCUAUUUAUGACAAACUUUAAAUUAUCUAAUGUUUGUAAAUGGUUCUUAGAGACAACUGAAACCCGGUCUCUAGUAAUUGUAAAGAAGCUCAAUACUCGUCUUCCAGGAGACAUUCCUCCUGCCAAGCAUCCACUUCAGAAAUACCCUCCUUCCAGCCUAUAUCCCAGUUCACUGCAGGCUGAACGCUUGAAAAAGCACUUGAAGAAAUUUCCUGGAGCUACUCCUGCUAGAAAUAAUUGGAAAACACAAAAGCUCUGGGCUAAAUUUCGAGAGAAUCCUGACCAUGUGGAGCCAGAGGAUAGCAGUGAGGUCUGUCUCAGCCCUAAUUCUGAAGACAGCAUAGAGGAAGUCAAGGAGGAUAGAAACAGCCAUCCUCCCACAAACCUGCCCACUCCAGCCAGUACCCGGAUUCUUAGAAAAUACUCCAAUAUUCGAGGAAAGCUCAGAGCCCAGCAGCGUAUGAUCAAGAAUGAGAAAAUGGAAAGCCCGUUUGGUUUGGCUGUGGAAAGUAAACAGAGUCGUAAGAGCGUGUGCAUCAACCCUCUGAUGUCACCCAAGCUUGCCCUGCAAGUGGAUGCACAUGGGUUUCCUGUUAAGCCCAAGAAUACUGAAGGACUGAAGGGAAGGAAAGGGAAACAGUUGUCUGAAAUCUUGCCUAAAACAGAAGUUCAGAAUAAACGCAAGAGAACAGAAAGUAGUACCCCUCAGGACAUUAAGGAUAAGGGGCCUACCAUGAGAGCAAGCAAAGAAAAGCAUGUUGAUGGGGCCACCAAAACACCUGCUGCGAAGAGGCCUUCUGCAAGGGACAGAAUUAGCCACCCGCCCAAAAAGAUGUCUUUGAAAGAGAAUAAAGUGAAGGUCCCUAAAAAGUCCCCUGGGAAGAGCUGCCUUUCCUCCCGGAAAGAAAAAGAAAAUACAAACAAAAGAACUACCCAGCCCGCCACCUCAGAAACACUGACAAAACCUGCAAAGCAAAAGGGGGCAAGUGAAUCCUCUUCAAGGCCCCAGAAAGCUAAGAACAGGAAGCAGAGCAGUGGAAAGACUCGGGCUAGAUCCUUGACAAAAACCCCAGAGAGGAGUGCAGCCCAGAGAAAGCGAAAGCUAAAGGCAAAGCUGGACUCCUCCCACAGCAAACGGAGGAGACUCGAUGCAAAGUGAUUGGAGGGAUGGUAGCCAAGAGGAAAACUAUUCUAGAAGUAACCUUUAUUUUGCAUUAACUAAAUCUGCUUUUAUAAGCUUAUCAAGCCUUUCAGAUCUACAAUUAGUGGAGAACACCACAAUUUGAGAUAUCAGAAAAUGUGUCUCAGAUGGAGAAAGGAACUUGCAGAGUCCUUCUCUGAAGCUGAGUAAGGGAAGUUAUAUAUUCUGGUUGUUCCUUGGGUUUUAAACUUGGAACCAAGCAGUUUUCAUUUUUAAAAGUACAGUGCCUUAUUUAUCCUUUUUUGUUUUUAAAUUUACAAAAGCUAAAAAGCUGAUCUAUGUGAUUAAAGGCUUGUAUUUUAUACUUGAUGCACAAGCACUUGUACUGUAGCCGAGAAGACCACCAUCAUGCACAUAAAAGGAGCUUUUCAGCAGCCACCUGUAGCAUCUGUCCAUGAACAGAUGCUCCUCUUUGCAAACCCCAGCAGUGAACUUCCCUCUCUGUCUUGUUUGUUUAAAUAUUUGAAAGCUAAACCAAAUCAUUAUGGUAUGCGGAGAAUGCAGAUAAAUAAUUAUUAUAAAAGAUUAAUAUUUCUGUUAUCCCCCCUUUUAAAAAAUCAUAGCCAUUGUUGCUCAUUCCCCUCACCUUUGACUUUUUGUCAUUUGAGAACAUGUACUCUAAAUUAUGUGCCCAUGGGACAAAAGGUAUAUCACAAGUGUUAAUUUUAGUUUAUGACCUCUAAAAAUGAUCUGCAUCCCCAACUGUAUUACUAAUUCUCACCACCUUUGUCAUUUUUGGCCUUGCAAGCUUGCUAGUCUUCUAACAAGGUUUCUAUCCUACUUUGGGGGAAAAAAAAAUCUAGGAUUAAUUUUUUCAUCUUAUAGCUGUAAUUUGAUGGUUAAAGUGAAAGUGACUAUUCUUCCAUAUUCAAAGAAAGCCAAAAUGUUAUGUCUAGUAAUAGGAAAGUUUAAGUGUCUGUGUGCACAUGCGUUUGGGUGCAUUUGCAUUUGGUUAUCAGCCACAAAUGUCUCCCAAUCCAGACUUUUUUUUUCUUUUUUCCGCAAUCCAUGUUUUACAGUAAAAUGCUUUCUUCUCCAUGCAGUGUGUGAGGAUAUCCGCAAGCUGAGUAAUUAGCAUAGUACAGAUAGUUUAAAAGAAGCCCGGUGUCUCUAUGAGCAUUCCCAGUACCACUUUGGCACCAGACUUAGAAAGGUCUAAGCAGCACAGUGUUAUGUAAAGAUCAGAGCAGCCUUGCAGGUGGAAGGAGUAGCUCUAGCAUCUCAUAGGGAGCCCACCUACCCGGCACGCAGAACUGAUGUUCAGCUGAUAGACUGAUAUGCUGUAACAAGUACGUGCAUUGAUUAGUGCCAUCCCAGUAGUUAAAUGCUUGUAGUAUCCUUCCCAUAUCAUGUCAAGCUCUGUCCCAUGGCUCAGAAGUGAGAACUACAAUAUUUGUAAAUAAUGUUGUUUGCCUUUCCUGGGUAAAGCCUGAGACAGGCACGUUGGCUUUAACUUAGUGCCUAUGAUGUUGCUCCUUUAUAACAUGGUGUGUACUUGAGAUUCCAUUGGGCCAUUCUGCAAAAAAAGACUUGUUUGUUAAAGCCUUACCCAGCUUCUUUAACCUGUUCUGUUCCAAAAUCAGUUUGUAUGGACAGCUGUUGCCCUGUCUUUCCUAUUAAAAAUUUGUCCAUUUAGGUUGUUUCAGAUCUCUAUAGAUAAACCCAGAUGGACUUUUUUUGUGCAAAUCAUGAUAAAACAGGCCUUCUACCCAUUCUGUUAACUGUUUGCUAUAUAAUGGAAACUUCUGAUGAUUGAUGAUUGGAUAGGACUGGAGAAAAGCAUUUGAUUGAUGAAAAAUUUAGAAUUGUUCUGAAUUUCAUCAAUAGUGAAGCUUACUAUCUUGAAUUAAGCCCUGAAUUUUUUUAAUGUCUCCUCUAUAUCCCAUGAGGCUUUUUUUUUUGUUUGUUUGUUUGUUUUUUUAACCUCCUCUUUUUAAUGUCUUUGACUUUGGCUAUUCAAGAGCUACCUAUCUUAAUGAAACUGCUGAGUGUGUAUGUUGGCAACCCUUUCUCAGCAUUAAGUUGCACAAAAGCAUUAAUAUGUUUCGAGUAGGUGCAUUUAAUCUUUAAAAAUGCUUUUAUAUAUAGUUGUCACUGGAUAUUGUUUUUGUGGUGACUUAAACAGCUGAUGUUUGCCAAUGUCAGAUGUGCUGAUACCUGUACAUAUAAGGUGCCUCCUUGGCUGCAUGUAGACUUGUAAGGUGCUUGGAGUAGGUUAGGGAGAGGUAUAAGAUAGUAAGUGGGUGGAACUUUCCCAGUUCCAAGUUUAUAACUCAUUCCAUUACUUUCCUAAGUCCUUUUCAUUUUUAAAAGCUUAUUUCAAGAUAAUUGCCUUCUCUUCAGUUCUAGGCUGCAUAUGAGAAAAGGUACCUGUUUGUUAUGUAUUUAUUUUAUACACCUAACAAUGCAAUGGAUCAUCUUCAAAAUCAACUUAUGCUUUACAAUAGUGACAUUUAAAUAGACUGAGAUUCUACAUAAUUAGGACACUUAAAAGCUUAGAAUUGUUUUGACAUUUGUUGAACCUCGUUUUUGCUGAUUUAGUUAAUUUUGCUGAUAGAAGAUAGAAAACAGAAACAAAACUUGAGGGCCAACUCUGAAAGGCCCUUUACACCUACAACAGAUGUUAGCAAAGGAGUUUCUCCAAAUUCAGGCUUGGGUCAAGUCUCCCUUCAUUUUUCUUCCCUUGCAAAGAACUCCUUCCUGGAGCCAUCAUCAAUUAUGGCUUACCACCAGAAGCAAAAGCAGUCUAUCCCACAUUCCAAUUCCAAAUCAGAAAGCAAUUCUGCUCUGGGCCCUACACUCAGUGAAGUGACUGUCCCAGUGUUGGAGCUGGAGUCGGUGACCAGAAGACACUGGUAUUCCCUCUGUGUUUCAGGGGAGCUAGAAGAUGCCUGGGAAGCAAUCAGUGAAGUGCUGUCACAGCUCCCCCAGGGGUGGGCCCUCUUCAGGAGACCCAUGUUCUAUCCUAGCAGGCUCCGUGGGUGUACAAUGCCAACACGGAGACCACUCCCUCAUUUGGGGUUUGAAGCCUUACCUCUAGCACUUCCUCAGAUGGGUAGCAGUCUUGCAGUGCAGCAGGAAUGCCACACACUUCUGCUCCUGAGGCUUCUUCUGUAGGAAUGUUAUUCAAGUCCCUUAAUCAGCAGUUGCUAGCCCCUUGGAUUCUUUAUUGAAGACUUUCCUGUAGUCUUCAGCUGUGGGUUUCACACCUCAUUGUUUCUAUAGUAUGGGUAAAAGAGGUGCACUUAGUCACCCCUUCAUAUAUGUGGUGCUUUCUAAUGGGAUCCUCUAUGCAUCACAUACUGUGCAGGCAAGUUUAUCACUGUUGAGACAGGCCACGAUAAAAGGCAUCACUUCAAGUCAGUUACUUUGUAUUGAGGUUUAGCCUCUUUCCUGCCUUGUGAUGAUUCUGUGGUGAGAGCAGAAGUUGUCACUCUCAUUUAUGGUCAGUGUUCUUAUUGAUCAGUGAACCUACAAGCCAAUUAAGAAAAGAUAACACACUCUGAUGCAAGCUGGAGAUGCUACAGUGUUCCCAUCAGUAAGUCCGGGUUUUGUCACAACACUCAGGACUGGGCUGGAAUGUCCAAGGUGCUGGCCAGUGGCCCAGGGAACCACACCAACUCCUUUUGGUUUUAGGUCAGCCUGUACAGGCUCCCUUUUGGCUUCCAGAUGAUCUGUCAAGGGGCUGCAAACUGUGGGCUGAUCGUUUGUUUGUGUAAAUAAAAUUUUAUUGAAACAUAGCCACACCCAUUUGCUUAUGUAUCGUCUAUGGCUGCUUUACCCCAAGGGCAGAGAUGAGUAGUUGCAACAGAAACCGUGUGGCCCACAAAGCCUAAAAUAUUUACUGUCUGGACCUUUCAAAAAACUCUUCUGCCCCCUUUUCAUAAUAUUCCUUUUCAGGAAUAAAUUCCCCCCCGAAUUUUCUUCCCCGUUCUUCUGCCUCUUUUGUUAAGUUCUGUCCUCCUCUUGCCUUCCCCUUCCUCUUUGUCUAAAUUUUUUUUUUUACAUUUCCUCUUUGCUACAAAGGAGACAUGUUAUACUUAAGUACCACAUAGACUGCCAUCCCUUACGCUUGAGCUAUCUUAGCAUUACAUCUUCCUUAGAAUCACCCAUCACAGUAGCCAGACUGACGCCUGGAGCUCAGACUUCUGAAGUUAUGCGGCUAGGCCUCUCACUCACUUGGUUUUGAUCAGAACUGACUCUGGCUUCACUUCUUUACUACUAAAGUAAAACAAGACUUUUUUUCUGUUAAAAUUAGCUGAGACUACUUUGAUUGGACUUCUAGUUCUUUGAACAUCACAUUUAGAUGUGGGUGGAAAAUGUUUUUUCACAGAAUGGAAACAAAGUCUGAUCACAAAUCCAAACCAUUGUUUGUUCUUGUAUGAUAGUUUUGGUUGGCUUUUAGGAAAAUAAAAGUAUGUUGACACUGAUAUCUUUUCAGUCAUACACUUUCAAAAUAAUUUUAUAUAAGGUAAGUCAACAAAUAAAAAAAGGCUUUUGAAGUGCUUUAGGAAGAAUGAUUUUAAAUAUUAGAACAUGUUAAAACCUGAAUGUGACUGAAAAGUUCUGGAUUAUAUCUUUGGAUCAAAUCCAGUUAACUUCCAAAGUAUUAAACUUCUCCUUGACCCCAAAACUCAAGGAAAAGUCUCUAUGCUAUUUUUCAAAAUGAAGUUGAAUGUCAUGUCAGUGAAAAAAAUGUUGUCGGUGGUCUCAAAACACUGAUGGUUCCAUUUGUUUUGAAGCAGAUAAUUAUCAUUUUGAAUUCUUAGCUAUUUUUAUGUCUUAAUAUGGCUUGAUAGCCACUGAAAUACUGGAAAUUUUUUAAAUAUGAAAUUGUGUCUAUGUAUCAGUAAGUAUUCUUCCCAUACUUGUUCUCAAAUCCUUUUUAGAGGAAAAAAAUAAAAAUAUUUAAAAUAAGCAGAAUUAUGGGAAGUCUUGUGAGACAGCCUUCAAUAUCAUUCAUCCCUUGAAAUAUCCUAGCAGUCCUAUACUCUGCGAUGGAAAGAUUGGAAGACUUAAAUAUCCAACCUCUUUCCUUCUUUUAGAAAUAAUACUUGAGCAGAAACUCAGAGCUGUGCUGUCCUCAGGCCCUGGGACCCACCCUGGGAGCUUUAUGGAUGAUAUCCUUACUCAGGCUUUUGCCCCUGGGAUUGAACCAAAGUCAGUCAGUUCCUUCCUUUACCACCUCUCUGUCUGAUCGUUCUUUUCUCAGAGCCUUUGUGGUGGACACUCAGAGCUCUGGAGACAUCCUUUGUUCCAUCCUUCAGAGUGGCAGUUGUACAUUUGUGCUGCCUGACAUUCACAAACGCAGGAGCUAUCUCACGUGAUUCAGACCAUUCCAUGUAACAUGGGUGCUCAGUAUGCAAGUCUUAUGAAAGUAUAGAUUGCCUAUUUAAAGAAAAAGAACCAGAUACUCAUGGUAUUAUAAUAUGUCAGGCAUAGGACAAAUGGAUUUAACCUUUCUUGAAAGUGUUAUGCUAAACAGAUAACAGAGACCGUACAGGGUAUGUGGUCCACUUUGCAAGAAAUAUGUACUAUCUGACCCUUCAAGAAAAGGUUUACUGAUCCUCACACUAGUCAUUCAAGAUCAAAUUGUGUGGACAAUUAGGCACAAAAUUUUUAUUCACGUAGUCCAGCAUUGCAAGAAUUCUAGGUUUUAGGAUAUCUCGCUUGUUCAUCUCAGUAUACAGCUCCUGUUGGACAUUAUUUCUGAAUAAUACUUGGGCAUUUGAAAAAAGGAAUACCUCCGUUUGCUGAUUGACCUUGUUGAUGAGUUGUGGAACAUAUGAUCAUACCUAACAGCUUACAUGGUUACAACUAAAAGUACAAAGUCUUUUAAACUAGAAGCGUAGUCAUCGUCAUUUUUAUGAAUCAUAAUGAACUUGACUGGUAGUUCACACAGCAGUGCUGAACACACAAUUUACUAACAAACUUAAAACCUAGAAUAGUGCCUCUCCCUAAAAGCACAGGUUGUGUUAAGUUUUAUCCCAAUUCUUUGAUUUCUCUUUCGUAUCUAAUAUAUUUGCAAGUUUCUCUUUCUCUCUCAGCUCUCGUCAUUGCUUGUAAACAUAAAUGGCUAGCCUUUGCUUGUUUGAACCUCAAAUCCAGUCCACAUAUUCUCUAAACACACCGGCAUGGCAGUGGCAUCUUGUCGGCACCAGCAACUCUAGAUUGAACAAACUCAGGACUCCUCAUUUCUAGGAGCCCUCUUUGCUACCUUGCCCUGACUCUUCCCUUUCCCGCUUCUGCACCAGCCUCUGUCCAGGAGGCAUCUUCUCUAGGAUGGCCCCCUUCAUCCAAGCGCUUCCCAGAACACAUACAUGUCACAUUUGAAGCAUUAUUUUUCUUCCAAAUUCUCUAUUUUCCUUCUAGUAUUUAGCCCUUGGAUCCAAAUGCUAUUCAAUUAAUCAGCUUUUUCUCACCCUUGUUUUCUAUAAUCUGCCCCUUAUAUUUGUCUUGUAGCUAAAGCUGCAAUAUCUGAGAGUUUGUGGGAAAGAGACUAUACAAACAACAUUUGCAUAAUUUUGUAUAUUUGUACCACACAGGUAGGGAUUAUUUUUAGAGCUGCUAUAGCUUAAGGUUAUUGAUUUCACUGGUGUUUUCUGCAUUCUAAAUAGUUCUCAGAGACUGUGUUAGUGUCUGUGGUUUUUAACACAUACAGUGUAUAUAUAAUAUUUAUACACACCACUGUGGAAUUUAUUUCACUGUGUAAAUAGGGAUAUAGUCCUGUUCAAAUGCUUCUGUAGAAAGUAUUUAUUUUAAUAAGAAAAUUAACUGUCAAAAGGGCUUUCUAAAAAAAUGUUCUUUCUAGCCACCCGUACUUCCCCAGCUACCAUGUUUAGCCAGUCAGCUCCCAAACAGCACAGUUAAGGCAAAAGGAUAUGGCCUUGAAACCUUGCUUUCUUGGGCAGAUGUGUAAGUGCAUCUUCCCACUGUCACCCCAUCCCACGACAAGGUGGGAGUCCCACAAGAGGAAUGGCUGUGCUAGGCAUGGCAUCAGGGCUCGCCUCACGCAGCCCAUUUCUUGCAUGCAGUUGGAACAUUCAGCUGUACACUCUACCAAUCCGUGCAGGGAAAUGAGCCUUAGUUGUAGCUCCCAAGGAAAUCCAAACCCAUCCUUUGGGAUAUGGAGAAACCACUGGUUGCCUAAAGAAAGUAUUAAGGUGUAUGUCUAGUCUCUUCCUUUGGGAAAGACUCUUCACACCCAUUAACCAUGGGAGGUAAAAAUGUUACCUUCCAUACCUUGAUAUUCAUGAGCACCUCAGCUCUCUCUGCCUCCUUCUCCCUUUUGUCCGCCCUCCCUGUCUCAGCAAGCAUCUGUGCAGAUGCGGGCCAGUGUCCCUGUAACUGAUGGUUACAGAACAAGACCAUCUGUUCUAGAAUGUGAUCAGCUUUACUUCUCAGCAGUCCUGGCCUGCAGUUGAGAGCACCCCUAGGUGGAAUGGAACCAGUGCUCUCUGAUCAUGCUCCUCCUCCCUGGGUACCCCUAGCUGAGUCACGUUCCUCCUUGUGCUUGGCUGGCUGGAAAACGGCAAAUCCGGGUCUGCAGCAAACUUUAGCUUUGGAACUAGACUCUCGAAGGGGUUCUUGUCAUUCAUUAGAACCAUAAUUUGCAUAUUUCCUAUGGCCUCCCUUUGUUUUUUCUAAACAAAUGAUGAGGACACUUGAAGAGUAAUGCUGGAGAAUGUUUUUCUAAGGUAUUUGUAAGCAAAUCUGAUUUUAAGAGAAAAUGUGAAUGGGUAACUAGAUGCCAGGGAAUUUAGCACUGAACUAGACAGUCAAAACUUUUUUUAACUUUGCAGAAGAAAUAAAUUUUGCUCUCAUCUAAAUAUUCACAAGAAGUAAUGUAAAUAGUUUUCUAAAAAUAUUUAUUACAUGUGCUGUAUACAGAUUCAUGUUCUGAGCGAUGUUGGUUUGCAUUGUAGUAUUGUAGAAGAAUAUAUUUUAAGCAGUGCACUUCUUUCAUAACACAGUUCACACAUGGGGAAAAAACAAAAACCAGCAGGUUGAGAGCUGUUUGGGGCAUUUGAUCUGUAAUGUUACAUCAAAUCUAAGCUUUAACUGCCCCCUCUUCUCAUCUGGUUAUGUUAUAUAUUUCAUAUAUAUAUGUAUGUGUAUAUAUAUAUAUAUAUAUAUAUAUACACACACACACAGAUAUAAACUUGUCAGUGGUCAGUACCCAGAUCUGCAGAGCAGAUUUCCAGGUGUUCUUUCUGAUACGUUGCCCAUAAGCAAUAAGAUCCUAGAUGAUUGCAUUUAUUCUGGGGCCCGCAUUGGCCCUUGUCUCAGAGGAUAGGGUGGGGGUAGAACAGCUCUUGCUAAGACCUCUUGCCUUUGCUGGAGAGGUUGCUGUACUUGAAUUUUUGCUUCUGUUUGUCUGCACGCUUCUUCAUGUCAUAGAACUCUAGCAAUGGAGGUGAAAUCUGACACAUCAAAAUUUGGGAUAUAGAUUAAAAACAGCAAUUUCCCAUGAAUUGGUAGGGUUUCCAUAAUCCAGUUGAGGCAAAGCUCAUUUGGCUAUAGAGUAAAUUCUAAAAACUUUACAUGAGAAAUUUAAGUGAGCUAAGUGUAGAGGUUCAUGCCUGUAAUCCUAGCACGCUAGGAGGCUGAGGCAAGAACAUGGCUUGAGCUCAGAAAUCGAGACCAGCUGAACAAAACCAAGGCUCCGUAACUACUAAAAAUAGAAAAAAUUAGCCAGGCAUUAUGUUGGGCACUUGUAGUCCCAGCUACUCAGGCAGCUGAGGCAGGAGGAUCACUUGAGCCCAGGUGUUUGAGGUUGCAGUGAGCUACAAGGAUGAUAGCACCACUGCAUUCUACGCGGGGCAGCAGAGCAAGACUCUAUCUCAAAAAUAAACAACAAUUUUUUAAAGAAAGAAAUUCAAGUGGCCAAUUAAAUGCCCUUUGGCUAUUUUGAUUUAUCUUUAAAAGCUAAGUUCUUUCCUAUAAGCCUCCCAUGUGUCUGGGCUUAAAAUAUCUAAAGCCCUUUCGUGUCUGGGGCUAACCCAUUUAGGUCAGUACAAAGAUGACAGUCACUCUUCCAUUUCUUUCAGCGUGUCUAGUUCAACAGAUUGCUAAAGCUGUUUAGCAGCCUCUCCUUGUGACCGUCCUAAACUUUGUGAAAAAGAAAUACCCCACACCCAGAUAACCAUUAAUAGAAGUAAUGUAGUUUUUUAGACUUUUGGAAUAUGUCUUCUCUUUUGUAUUUAUGAUGGUGUUUGGAAUUUUUCACUAGUGAUUUUUUAGGUGGAAGUGGGUGCAUUGGGAUAAAACUUUCCACUGCUGAGCCAGAAAGCAAGCAGGAGGAAAGAAAUUGACCUAUAUUGUAUCAUUGGGGAGGUGACUACUUCUUAGGGUGGGGGGAGGGGCAUUGUAGAUUAUGUGGGGGUAAAAUAGAAUUCUGGCCUGAGGCUCCCUAAAUCCUUGUAUUAAAAAAUCCCCUUACUAGCCUCAUUUAAUCUCAAUAUAAGCCUGCUGUUUACCCUCAGGGAACAAGUAGUUUUCAAAAUUGAGCUCCUCCAAGGUCAUUGGCCAAUGCCUGUGUGCAAGCAUUGGUCAUCUUUGUGAACUCAUGGCAUUAUUUUCUCAUACGAUAUUAAGAAAUUCAACCCCAACCUGUAUGAAAAGCACAGCCCAAGGUCCUAAUUUAGGCUAGAGUUAAUGCCUUUGAGGGGCCAGGGGGACAUAGGAGGCCCAUGCAAUUUAACUAAAGCUCAGGUGCCAUGUUGGAUUUUUAUUCUUUUUUAGGCCAGGACCCUUCUGAAUAAGUUUAGGACAGGGGCUGCUGAUCCAGCUGUGGAUUCAGGGAGCUCUAACAUGAAUCUCUACCGUUCCUUUAAAGGUCUUUCUGGUUCCUUCCAGUGUCGUCAUUGCCGAGGUCAAUCUUGUAGUUGUUCAGAUGUGCUCCUUUUUGCUGUCUUGUGAGUCUUAGCUAGUGAUCCAGAUGCCCAGUACGGGCCUCCGUAGGCCCUGGCCCCUUCCUGGUACCAGGUAUGUGCUCCUGGUCUGCAUAAAGAUGGUCUUUCCAAAAGCAGUGAAAUGAGAAAUUCUGCAGAAGGUAACCAGGAAGAUCAGUGUGUAUCCCUGGGGCCUGGAUCUCCACUAUGUUAGUGAGUGUAGGAAUGUACUAUGUCUUUAAUGGAUGAAAAUUCAAUGUAUGCUGUGAAUUUGUUGGUUUGAAACAUUGAAAAAUUUUCAUUAGACAAUGUUUACAUACCUCACCUGAAGAACCUUUGAGAGUGUAUAUAUUAAAUUUAAAGAUAUAUUAAGUUGCUUUAAAACAGUAUGUACAGCUAUAAAAGUUGGAGUUAUUUUAACUUUAAAUAUGUACUAAGUCUCUUAAAUAUUGAAAUCUUGUAGACUAUUUGUGCUUCUGUGUUUUACUUUCCUAUUAGGCCAUGUAGGAAACUGUGUUAUUGUUAUUGAUAAAGGGGCCCUCACUGAAAUCCAAGCUUGGAAGGAUUUCCUGUGUUGUUUCAGAUUCUCUUGUUUGGUUUUGAGGGAUGGGAUGUGGAGCCAGAGGAUGUGUGGGAGGGGUUUCUCUAACAUUGAUACCUAUUCCAUGAGCUUUUUCAAGGCGCUUAUUUUAUUGCAGCGUAUUAAACUUCUUUGAUAUU